GCCAAAGCUGCAAGUAGCCACACAUUUUAAAGAUUGCGUCACUAGCACGUCGAAGAGGCACCUUCUGGAUGACAAGCUUAUUGCGGACGGUCCAAAGCGUCCAGGCAAGGACCCCAACGCAUAGCCAUCUAAUAUGGCGGUAGCGAGGGGGGAGGCGUGAAUCUCCGCAAGCAGGUCAGGGAAGUUGGUGUUGCACCACUAGCCACCGACCGUCUCGCGGAAACAGGACCAUAGAAACUGGGCCGUGGAGCAAGUGAAGAAGAUGUGGUUCGCAUCCUCCACCGUGCCGCACAGGGGACAAAUCCCGUCUCCAGGUCCAUUACGCUUAAGGACCUCCACGCCGGACGGGAGGUGGCCGCGGAUCCAUUGCCAUAGGAAGAUCCUGAUCUUUAGGGGCAAGCGGAUGUCCCAAAUCAAACUAAAGGGCUCGGGGGCCGUCGAGGGGGCGGUGGCCGCGUAGAGGGAUUUGGUGGAGAAGCAGCCGGAGGGCUCCAGUCGCCAAGAGAUGGCGUCUGGGGUGUCGGCGACGUUCAUCGGGAGGAGGGCGAUGUCCUGGAGGAGGGCAUCCCAAGCGGCCACUUCAGGUGGGCCAAAGGGGCGGCGGAAGGCGAGGCGCCCUAAGUCAAUAAGGGCCGCCUCGACAGAGACCCGAGGGUCUAUCGCAAUGGCGAAGAGCUCCGGAAAUCGCGCGACCAGGGGAAGGUCGCCGAUCCACCGAUCAAACCAGAACAGGGUCGAGGACCCAGUACCAACCGAGAUGGACGUGCCAAUGCGGAGUACCGGUAGCAGCUGGAUCACAGCCUGCCAAAACUGAGUACCGGUAGCAGUUAGAUGACAGCCUGCCAAAACUGGGAGCCGCCAGAGCGCUGACAGAAUGCGAGUGGCUGGCCCCGAAGGUACUUGUUCCGGAUGAUGGUGAGACAAAGGCCUCCAUCUCCAUUAGCAAUGCGCCAGAGCCAACGGGUCAGGGGAGCAAUGUUCAUGCGCCGGGAGGACAAAAUCCCAAGACCGCCCUGGUCCUUGGGUUUGCAAAUAUCGGGCCAGCUCACCAUAUGGUACUUCUGCUUAUCACCCUUUCCAGCCCAGAAGAAUCUGGAUUGGUACUUGGCGAUUUCCUGAUGAAGCGUCUCAUGAAGGCUGUAGAAGCUCAUGAGGAACCAAAGAAGGCUGGCAAGCGAGGAGUUAAUAAUGAGGAUCACGCGAGCAGCCUUCGACAGCCAGCACCCUUUCCAGGGCUCAACCCGAUGUUGCAUCUGGGUCACCGUAAGCAAAGAUGGCUUCAUUUAGUAUUAACUUGUAGACUCAUCCUUUCUCGAGAAACGCUAUGUUACAGUAAGCAAAAUUUUCUUGGAAUGCGCUAUGUUACUACCUAAGUUACUCCCACUAUGACUAGCCUAAGCCCCAAAGCAACACGAUUAUAAUUUUUUUUAAGACGGUGGGAAGACUCAUGGGCUCGUGGCCGAUACACACACUCGGCCUCCUCUCUUUGCUCAGCUCCAGGUUGAACUGGACGAACAAAUCGGCGGCCGGCUGGUGGAUUCCUCCACACAAAUCAGCAGCCGGUGGGUGUCUCUUUCAUGGUCUUUUUCCUUCCUUUUUGCAUUCCAGCCCCGAGUGCAGAUGACCUCCGGGGCCUUAGUCCAUGGAGACCAGAGGAAGCACGCGUAGGCAUCCGUCGUCAAGGCGCACCGCGCGCGUAGAGGGUAGGGCAGCACGAAUGGAUGGUCGAGCGAGGAGAGGGACGCGGAACUCAGCGAGGACGUGGCAGGCCCGGGUCGUCGUUGCGGAGAUUGAGCGCACAGAGCGGGGAGGCCCGGGAGUGAAGUCUGAAACAAACCCUGUCUUUGUAUGACCCGUCGGAAUCGAAACCCCAACUCCUAAUCCCUGAAAUCGACACCCCCACCUCUCAAAUCCCGGUCGUCACAGCCCUUAAGCCCAUUCCCAAACAGGGAUUGCUGAGUCAGCCUGGGGGUGUGGGUCCACUGGUCGCGGCGCGGGCCAAAUCUGGUUGAGCCGGCCCAGCUCCGCCUCCCCGUCGCUCUCUGUUCCCCCCGCCCUCGCCUCCCUUCCCUGCAGCCUGACGCGUCAACUUCUCCGCCGCGGCCAUGGCGAAGGACGGAUGAUCACGGCCAUCUCCGACGAGCACUCCAGCGGAGUAGAAUCAGGUACGUGAUGUUCUUCCUUCUAUUGCGUUUGGCCUUUUUUCCCCUCUCUGUGGGCUAGGUUUAGGGUUCUACAGUGAGAUCAAGUUGGGGUUUUUGGGUGUUUGAAUCGGCCGACAAUCACUGAUGCAUUAGUUGCUUUGCUUGUAAUGUACGGUUUUCUUGUUGAAAUCAUGGACCCGGCAGAGAUCUUGAAUGUUAGAUUUCACUUUGGGGGUCAGUUCAUACGAAUUGGUCCAAGUCUAGAUUAUGUUGGGGGAGAAACUGGAAUGUCAAAGAUUGAGCGGGACAAGCUCUCUUUGCAGGAGCUGAAAGGGUUUUUAGGAGAUCAUAUGACAGUGAAGGAGAGCAUGAAGUACUAUUUCCAGUUGCCUGGCAGAGAUUUGGUAAAUGGAUUGCUUUUUUUACAUGAUGAUGGUGGCUGCAUGAAGAUGUCUGACUACAUUACAGAGGGGGGAGUUGGUGAAAUAUAUGUGGAGUACAAUGGUGAAGAAGAAGAACAAGGAGAAAUAGACAGUGGGUCAGAUUUUGAGGAUGAGCUUGAUGAACUGAUGAACAUUGGCAGUGAAGAAGAACCUGAUGCAGUUAUCACAGCUGAAGAUUGUAGUGCCGAAGUCAAUGAUAAUGUCAAUGCCACUGAACAGACUGGUACUGCAGGAGAAAUUAUUGAGCAUAUAUUUGUUCCUGAUGUAGGUGGUGCGAUUACUCGGGUGAUAAACAGUCCAUUGAAGCAAAAUGUGAGAGUUGAUUAUCCUACUCAGAGUUCUCAAGUUCUUAAUGUAAGUCAACCAUGUCAAGCAGCCCAAGACAUAUCUGGUUCAGUUGCUAAAGUGGCAGAAAAUGGUUCAGAUUCAGAGGACUAUGAGUAUGUGCCACAUACUGAUGAUAGUGGGGAAGAAUCAGAGGUUGUUGAGAUGAGAAAACAUGCAAGAAAAUUUAGAAAAAAGAUGGGAGAUUCCAAGAUGUGGGCUGAUGCAGAUGCAACAGGGGCCGUGCCCAUUGAUUUGGUAGCAAAUGUCGAGGAAGUUGUGGAGGACAUGGAGUUUGAGUCAUCAGAUGAAGACUACUCCUAUGAUGAGGAUGAGGAUGGCAACAUGGUUAGGAGGAAGAGCCAGUUUGUGAGGUUUAACCCAGACUCUGACAUUCCUCAUUUUAGUCUUGGAAUGGUUUUUAAAAGCAAGAAACAAUUGACUAGAGCUAUGAAGAGAUAUGGGCUUGCUACCAAAAGAAGCAUUUCAUUUUUAAAGUCAGAGGAGGCCAGAGUUAGAGCAAAAUGUGAUUGGCCUGGGUGUCCCUGGAUGUUGUAUGCAGCUAAGACCAGCAGGUGUUCUAGGUUUCAAAUCAUCACAUUUGAAGAUGAACACCAAUGUGCACAAAACAGAGACAACAAACUGGUUACUGCUAAGGUCAUUGCCAAAAGGUAUGAGCACUUCAUCCUGGCAAAUCCUUUGUGGAAGAUUGGUAGUAUGAAAGCCACAGUGAUGAAAGACAUGUUUGCUGAUGUGUCCAUUUCAAAGUGCAAGGCAGCAAAAAAACUUGUACUUGACCAGCUGAUGAGUGGUAUGAAAAGUGAGUACAACAAGGUGUUUGAUUAUCAGUUGGAACUUCUUAGGAGCAACCCUGGGAGUACUGUGGCUGUUUGCUUGGAUCCAAAAGAGAAGGAAGAAAAUAUUUUUCAACAAUUCUAUGUAUGUUUCAAUGCUAUGAAGCAAGGGUUUAAAGCUGGGUGUAGGAAAGUGAUUGGGCUAUAUGAUUGUUUCUUCAAGGGAGCCUGCCAAGGUGAGCUACUGGAUGCAAUAGCUAGGGAUGCAAACAACCAAAUGUAUCCAGUAGCUUGGGCUGUUGUGGAGAAGGAGACAAAUGAGAGUUGGGCCUGGUUCAUUGGUCUUUUAAUCAAAGACUUGGACAUUAACGAUCAAGGAGCUGGAUGGGUCUUUAUUUCUGAUAAGCAAAAGGGCUUAAUUAACAGCAUGAGAGACUAUCUGCCUAAGGCAGAGCAUAGGAUGUGUGCUAGGCACAUCUAUGCUAACUGGAGAAAGAAGCAUAAAGAUCAAAAAUUGCAGAAAAGGUUUUGGGUAAUUGCUAAGUCUGCAAACAGAGAAGACUUCAACUACAACAAGGCCAAGCUUGCUCAACUAACUCCAGAAGGUGCAAAAGAUAUCAUGAAGACAGACCCAAAGCAUUGGGCUAGGGCUUUCUUUCCAAUAGGAGCAAAUUGUGAGUCAGUUGACAACAACCUUUGUGAAUCAUUUAACAAUGCCAUCAUAGAAGCUAGGUUCUACCCCAUUAUUUCACAGCAAGAAAAGAUUAGGAAAAAAAUGAUGGUUAGAGUUCAAGAGCAGAAAACCAAGAGUGAGAAGUGGAAUGGCAUAAUUUGCCCAAACAUCUUCAAGAAGAUUAAGGCCAAUAUCAAGAGAACUCAGUUCUUGGAGGUGCUCUGGAAUGGAAAGGAUGGUUUUGAGGUGAAGCAUUUGAAUAGCAGAGGCAUGAGGUACAUUGUUAACCUUGAGAAAUGGACUUGCUCAUGUGGUUACUUUCAGCUUGCAGGCCUUCCUUGUUGUCAUGCAAUUUGUGCUAUCUAUAAGAGUGGAAGAAAAGUAGAGGAUUUCAUUGACAAGUGCUACUACAUUGAUACUUUCAAAAAAAAUUAUUAGCAUUGCCUGCAACCAGUUGAAGGAGAAGAAAGUUGGCCUGUGUCUCAAAACCCUAGGCCAGUAGCACCUGGCUACAUUGCCAUGCCAGGAGCCAGGAAAAAGAACAAUGAUAGGAAGAGAGAAGAGGGGGAAGCACCCAAGGGGAAGAAACUGAGCAAGCAUGGCAUACAGAUCACAUCUGGAAGUUGUGGUGGUCAGGGGCACAACAAAACUUCCUGUAAAAAGAAUGGAGAUAACACCAAAAAAACAAAGUCAUAUCUUGGGAAGAGAGGGAGAAAAGUGAGGGAAACAGAGGUAAUUUUAUUUUCAUGCUGUGUUGGUCUUUUACAAAAAAAGUGCAAUUGUUGUUUGACUGAUCUGUUUUCCUUGCAGCAAGCACAGACAGAUGCAUCUACAAGCAAGGCUGCAGCAGCUAGAGCUUCAUGCCCAACAAGAUCUCAAGCUGCAGCAAGGUCUCAAUCUGCAGCAAGAUCUCAAGCAGCACCCUCUCAAGCUGCAGCAAGCUCUCAAGCUACAACAUCCAGGUUUAGACCUCCUAGAAGUUCAUCAACAACUAACAAUGAUGUCCCUAGAGGUAGCACAACUGCAGUUAGAGGGAGAGGCAAUGGCAGAGGAAGUGUGGGAGGAACUGGGAGAGGGAGAGGCUCAGAAACUGGGUUUAUGGCCUUCUUUACAGCUAGUGGGAAUUACUAAAGCAUAUGGUGGAUGGAGUUGUCUACAUGAGAGCACUCUCUGCAUGACCUACUACUCAUGGAGUUGCCUUUUGGAUGCUACUGUCAGUGUGUACUAGUUACUAUUAAUAGUUCAAAUCACUAGUUAUGUGUGGACUUGUGGUUUUGUAGUGGAUAUGUGUUUCUGCUACUGUCAAAAUAUCCAUUCCCUCUGCUCUUAUGUGUGGUUUAUGUUUAAUAGCUGAAUUUUAGAACUCUUCUUGCUAUAAAAAAGUGCAAAUGUUCUUGCUGUUACAUAAAGCAUAAUAGAAGAAUUAUUGAGCUCUA